AGUGGGGGCCAUAUCCCGGCAUCCUUCGCGACUCCUCCUUCUUUCUCUCUGCGCCUUCCAAGAUGUCGAAGCGAGGACGUGGAGGGUCGUCCGGAGCGAAAUUUCGCAUCUCCCUGGGCCUCCCCGUCGGGGCCGUGAUCAACUGUGCGGAUAAUACAGGCGCCAAGAACCUGUACAUCAUCUCCGUGAAAGGGAUCAAGGGGCGACUGAACAGGCUUCCCGCAGCUGGUGUGGGCGACAUGGUGAUGGCCACCGUCAAGAAAGGAAAACCAGAGCUCCGGAAAAAGGUGCAUCCCGCGGUGGUAAUACGGCAGCGGAAGUCAUACCGGAGAAAAGACGGGGUGUUCCUCUAUUUCGAAGACAACGCGGGAGUCAUAGUGAACAACAAAGGCGAGAUGAAAGGUUCGGCCAUCACAGGCCCCGUGGCGAAGGAAUGUGCCGACCUGUGGCCCAGGAUCGCCUCCAAUGCCGGCAGCAUCGCCUAACCCUCCAUCCCUGUUUAUAAAAAGGAGUCGACUAUUAAAGUGUCCGUCUGCCCCACUUCCUUCUCUC